GUACAGCCCAGCCCAGCUGCAGGAGCAGCUGGCAGCCACCUGGGCCCAGGAGCAACAGGGUCUGCAGCAGCUCAGCAGAACCAACGAGGCCAUCCAAGGCUUACAGAGAAAAGUGGCAGAGUUGCAGCAACAGGUGAGGGCAGGGAUGCAGCCUCAGUCCCAGACCCCUCUCCUGCCUCCAGGAGAGGCUCAGCCAUGGCCAACCACCCUACCUGCCCCACAGCUUUGCUGGCAGGUGCAGGACAUGGAGAAACUCCAGGCAGAGCUGGCCCAAGCUCGGCAAGAGAGCACCAAACAGGCAGAAAAGAUUGCAGCCUACAAGACACAGAGGCACCAGCUUCAUCAGGAGCUGAGGAGGAUGCAGACCUUCAAGGAGCAGAGCAAACAGGAGACCUACUCCCUCCAGGAGAGGCUGCAGGAGCUGAGCAGCCUAGUCCAACACUGGCAGCAGCUACACCUGGACAGUGAGCAAACUCUGGCUCUGAGAGAAGAGGAGCUGGUUGUCUGCAAGGUGGAACUGGCUUUCCUUAGGGAAGAGCUCAGCAAGGUGACAGAGCGGGAGCAGGAUACAAAGAGGCAUUCAAGACACACUAGGUAGGAUGCAGGAGGAGAACCCAUACCUAAUGUUCAGAACACCUGAGCAGCCCAAGUGUGAGCAGCUGAAAAAGUGAGCAGAAUUCCUGGCACAGCCUGGCCUGAAACAGGGCUGGGCCAAUGGUCCCAGCUGUGCAGGGACAGCUGGGCACCAGCUGCCUGUCCAGGGCAUGGGCUGUGGGAGAACUGCCUUUGCAGGGGUAAGGGCCAGGCUCCAAACAGGGACAGGCUGUAUUUGUCCUCCAAGUCACUUG